UAAGGUAUUUAUGUUCCAAGUUGAUAAAUAUUGAUUUCUUCAUACAUAGAAUGUUUCGAGUAUGUUUACUUUGUCAUUGCAGAUGUGUUUGGGGUGGUUUUAUGGUUAAAAGGCCAAAGAAAGGAGAAGGAUGCAUGUAAAGUUCAUAUUUUGGUCUUAAUUGAUUUAACUGCCCAAAUUAUAUUUAGAUGUUUGCAAGUUAAUUUGAUGAUGUCAACAUGUUUAGAAUAUUGAAUAUGAUAUUUUGGAAUAUGUUUGGGGAUAAAUUCGCUUAUAUUGUGAAUUGACGGGUUUAAAGGCUCUAAAAGUGAUAAAUCAAGGAAGGUUGCUGCAGAAAAAUUCCAAUUUUUUUCUCAUUAAAUAACUUUUUGUGACGACCUUCAUACAAAUUUUAUCGCUAAAGAAGCUGUACAUAUAUUUAGAGACCAUCUAGGGGCAAUUAUUUUGUCCCUAAAAAGUUUUUUUUUUUUCCUUCAGAAUUUCUCUUUUAAGGACGGCAACAAUUUGGCUCAGAUCCUUCAUCUUGGAAGCUUAUUCUUCUUUCCACUGGAGCCAAAAAAUAGGCGUAUCCUCUCUCUAAUUUCUAUCUUUUCAUCUAUAGGUGAAUUGUGCAUUUAGUGUUAAAAGGAGGAGGUAGAAAAUAAAUUUGGGGAUAGGUGUUAGAAAUUGUUUGAAAUAAUACGAAUUUUGAUUAUAAGAUGUUAAGGUUAUCACUUUAAUUUGUUUUGUUCCUGCAACAUGAGUCCUAGACGCCAAGAAUAGAAGAUCAAGGUUCAAAAAGAAGGGCCGGCCGAAUUACAAAUGAAGAAGUCUCGAUAUAUCUCAAAUUCUAGUUUUCUCUAACCGUUCUUUCAUAGCCCAUAACCUAGCCUUACGUUACAAUCAUGAUGAAGACCUAACAGGUUUAUGGGAAAGUCUUGCUUAAGUGGUGAAGGUAAAUACCUAUGUUCUAAGUGUUUGAUUCCUUUAUGGAUUUUUUUUCUUCAUAAAUUGUUAUUUUUCAUUACUACUCAUAUGUGGUAAUAUUCCGAUUCCCUUUACAUAAAUUCAUAACAUAUAUUUGUUAAGAGUGAAAGCUUAGGUUAAGAAAAUAAAGAGAGAACAAUUCUCGAACUCUUAAUUUGAGCCAUUGGAUCAAAUUCAAAAGUGAAAUAUACGUCCAUCAGUACUCAAGCAAAAUGAAGGAUCAACAUCAGUUGAAGAAAAGAAUAGUACAAGCUUGAACUUUGGCUUUUCAAUCUCCAAUUACAUGAAGGAUGAGAUUCCUUUAAGAAUAAAAACAAAGACAAAGUAAAGGCAUGACAGGAAGGGAGUGGGAUCCACACUCAAAGCCAUUUCCACACCAUCAACAAAACCUGGUUUGGCGGCAUCAUCGCACGACUUGCAAGUCAAAGAGCAGUGGCACUCACUUGGUUGGGUGACUUUUGUUUUAUAUAUACAAACUUCACUUGCUAUGCUUCUUCUGCUUUGUUCUCCCAAGGCAAAAGCAUCUGAUAAUCUUGCUUCCAAAUUUCCAAAACAUUUGAACGAGGGAUGGGAAACAUCAGCAGCAGCACCGCCACAUCAACAACCGGACAAUCGGUGCCGGACAUGGUGCUUGCGAUCAGAUUCCAUCCCACUGAAGAGGAAAUGGCAGACUUCUUGUGGAAGAAAAUGAAAGGUCACAACUCCCAAGCCUGCCAUUCCCUCCCUGUCAUCGAUGUCUGCAAGUUCGAGCCUUGGGAUUUGCCUGAGCGCAUGUUCCCUGACACUCGAUAUCAAGCUAAGGCAUGGUACUCAUUCAGCCAGCCUGAUUACAAAUACAUCAAUAGUCCUCGCUGCAACAGGAUCACUGAGAAAGGCUUCUGGAAAAUCACAGGCAAGCCACGAGAUAUCAGCUCCACACAUGUCACUUGCAAAAAGAGAACCUUGACCUUCUACAAAGGUCGUGUGUCUAAAUCCGAGAGGACUGGCUGGGUGAUGCACGAGUACUAUUUCACUAAACCUAAACAGGGUUCUAAUACCAGUCAGGGGAGGGAUCCGCUGAGGGACUUUGUUCUUUACCGCUUAAAGAAGAAGCCAGCUAAUUCUAUGUCUGAUAACAAGAAUCUUCAGGAUACUUUGAUCGGUGAUGAUUUAACUGAUCCUGGUAAUGGUAGUUGCAUUGCAUCUAGUUCCGGAAAUGAUCAAGCAGCUACUGCUGCUGCAUUGAAUCAUGAUAUGACUCCAGCUGCAGAAGAACUUCUUGCAUGCCAAGAGCUAGAAGAUGAUCUGUUUGACAGUGGAAAUCAUGAUCGUGGCGAACCUGGUGGCGGCAUCUCAUCUGAUUCUACUGAUCAAGUUCUACGUGACAUGAUUCAACAGUGGAAGUCGUGUGCUCCGGUAGGUGAAUAUCUGAAUUCACUCUUGACUCUUCCUGAGCCACCUCAGCCACCUCAGCCACCUCAGCCACCUCAGCUUGGAAAUGCUCCUGAUGUCUGUAGUGAUGAAUUCGUUGAUCCUAGUACUGGUGGCUGCAUCACCUGUAAUACUGAUAACCAAGAUGCUGCAAUGAAUCAUAUGAUUUCCGCUGAAGAAGAAAUUCUGGCAUACAAACAGCUAGAACGUGCUUUGCUUGGCAAUGGCGAUCAUGAUGAUGGUGAACCUGGUAGCGGCGGUUCAUCUGAUUUUAAUGAUCAAGCUGUAGAUGAUAUGAUUCUGGAGCUUUCUGCGGAGCUACAAAAAGAUUCGGAUUCACCCUUUCCUCCUCCCGAGCCAUCUCAGACAAUUCAGCCACACCAGCUGGGAGAUGCUGCGGACGUCCAUAGUGGCAAAUUCAGUAACUGUCCGUCUCCAACCAAUUAUGACAACGAAUCAGUUAUCAACAUCGUUUAUAAUUCUCAAAAUCGUGCUACAAGUGAAAGGAUUUCCGAGGCUUAUUCUCAGCCAGAAGAAAAUCGGGGAUCACCCUUUCAACGGUUUGAUCAGCUACAGAAUUACACAUUGCAGUCAUGUGCUCCUGCAGGUGAAUAUCUGAAUUCACUCUUUCCUUGUCCCCAGUCACCUCAGCCACAUCAGCCACCUCAGCUUGGAAAUGCUCCUGAUGUCUGUAGUGAUGAAUCAAUUGAUCCUGGUACUGGUGGUAGCAUGACCUAUAAUACUGAUAACCAAGCUGCUGCAAUGAAUCAUGUGAUUUCCAACACAGAGGAAAUUCUGACAUACAAACAGCUAGAACUUGCUGUGCUUGGCAAUGGUAAUCAUGGUGAUGGUGAACCUAGUAGCGGUAUUUCAUCUUAUUUUAUUGAUCAAGCUCUAAACGAUAUGAUUCUGGAGUUUCCUGCUGGGCUACAAAAAGAUUUGGAUUCACCCUUUCCUCCUCCCGAGCCACCUCAAACACAUCAGCCACACCAGCUGGGAGAUGUUCCAGAUGCCCUUAUCGGCAAAUUCAGUAACUGUCCAUCUCCAAUUGGGGAUAAUGGUUUUUAUCUUACAAAUAAGAACAACAUUAUAACCAAUUAUGACAACGAACAAGUUAUCAACAUCACUCAUAAUUCUCCAAAUUGUGCUACAAAUGAAAGGAUUUCCGAGGCUUAUUCUCAGCCAGAAGAAAAUCGGGGAUCACCCUUCCAACUGUUUCAUCAGCUACAGAAUUACCCAUUGCAGUCACCUAUAUUGUUCUCAGAACUGGGAGAGCUUCUGCUUGCCAAUACCUGUAUUGGACACAACGAGUCGCAAUCUUUCAAUAUGGAGCCUGCGACUCUUUUCCCGCAAAGUUCUUGAAUAACAGAGGCAUCGUACACUCUUUCCAAUGGCUCCAACCUAUGAGAGUCAUUGGGAUGGGUGUAUGAUGGGGAUAGUGGAGUAAACCAGUGAUACUAAUGCUGAGUUACUCCACGGACGUGCAAAAGAUUAUUCUGCGUUAGCUAUUGGAGAAACACUCCAAUAUCGUUAAUGAACAACGAUACCCUUAUCUGUAGGAGAAUAUUAAGAGGGCCUUGUAAGAAUGUGUCUUAAACUCGCAUUAUUACAUCGUGAUAUUCUCCUACAAAUAAUUCAAAGACACCUUCAAUUGUCUACAUUUCUGAAACCAAGAUAUGUAGUCUUUGACACGCAGUAUUGGUUUUGGACCUUUUAUGUCCGAAAUCAUUGUUGUGUGCCACAGAAUCUCCAAGUCCUGUACACUUCAACCUUGUUAGGUGAAAUUUUGUUGGUACAAAGGAACACCUGAAAAUGCAAAUGGUUGAACUGCUAUCUGGAUUCUCCGAACCCAACGAGUCCAGAUAAGGUAAUAAUGUCUUUUCUCAGAAGCAUUAUUUGAAGACGGGACUUAUUCUAUCAACACAACUAUAGAUAUUCCUCAGACAACUGCAAUAUCCACCAACAUCCAUUCCUGUUUACCCCCAUGGAGAUGCUCCAAGACGGAUCCGAAUGCAGAGCAGUUUCAAGAAACAAGGACUGUGAAGCUGCAGCUAGCGCAUUGUAUUGCUGUCUGCUCAUACCGUCUGAAGCAGGCAUGGAAUGCGCAGCGAAUUGGAAGGGUUCUUUCAAUUUCCCGGAAGCAUCUCCAUUAAGCGAUAAAUCAAAUCGUCCAGGGUAACAACGUUUCAAUUCCAACCAUGUCCUAUGAUUUUCGAUCAAAAGCGGAUUUGCUUUGUUCCGCCUUCACUAUACAGGAGCUGCUGCUACACGGCUGCUGGAGACUCAACUGAUAUAUUAACAUAACCAGACACUUAUGUGAUGUCUUGGUUAUGAAAGUUGGAGCUUUGAGUUCCAUCCUUGAUGGAGUAGUGGUUACAAUUAUAUUUCAAAAAACAUGUAUGAUCAAAAUUGAAGGUCUUAAACUUAUCGAUGACCUACUUUUUAAGUGUGAAACACAAAAACUUGUAUCUUUGUUAAUAUUGCUUUUAUUAUCAUGUCUUUGAGAAUGUUGUAUCAAAAGAAAAUAUUUUUGUGAAUGUGGUUUAUUUUGAACAUUUGAAUGUUGAAUGGAGUAUUUUGUAUUGGUUUUU